UCGUCCUCGAAUUGCCCCGAAUCUCCACCCUACCAUAUAUUAAUAAUCACAUUUACAAGGCGCAUCCACAAUCGCACGCUAUUGACCUGCUACCCAUAUUAUCCUACAACAUGUUCGGCUAUAACCCGUACGGAGACUACUCCAACCCAUACGCGUAUUCGCGCGCCGCGCCUGGAUACUCACCCGAUCAAGACUACCUGCAGGCCCUCGCUGAUGAGCGCGCGGCGCGCGAGCAGUACUUUGCCGCCCGUCGCGCACAGGAAGAGGCCCGCGAGCGUGCUGCACGCGCGCGCGCCGCGCGCCAGGCCUACGCGCCGUACAACUCAUACUACUUUGACGACGACGACGGCACUCACGAGGACAAUGACUACUACGACGGCGCGUACAGCGCCUCUCCGUAUGGCAGCUACGGAUACGCGGUUGAGGCACAUACAGCUCUCGACGCGCAGCCACAAACUUCAGCAGAGACGUCGAUGGAGGUCGAGCGAACAUCGCCAGCGCAGCCCCAGUCGGACUGCUCUCCCGAAAGUCCAGAUACGGCCAUAGUGGAAGAAGUCGAAGACAAGGACGCUGAACCUCCCAUGAGCGCCGAGCCUCACACGCAGUUGUUUGAUGAUAGCGAGCGGAUGGAUGAGGCCCCUGACGAGAUAACUAUCGAGGUGAUCGAAGCAGAGCCCGAACCCCCAGAGGACGAGGAUGAGAUAAAAGCCGAUCUCGAGGACGGCGAGAAGAUGCAGGUCGAGCCCGCCACAGUGGAGGCAGAUUUCACCUUUGAGCGCUUGCCGGCCCCGGACAAGGAUAUUCCAGUCGCACCUGCCCUGUCAAUUUCUGCGCCUUCGCCCGAAGAAGCACCUCCCACACCAGAAAUCGACGUCGUGGACGAGUCUGCUCCGGCGGUAUCAGCGACCCUGCCUCAGACUCUGACUGAUGACGAGACCUGCUCGCCGCCGCCCGACGCUGACAUACCAGAUACGCCUUCCGAGGACCGGGAGCCCGAUGUCCUCAGAGGGGAACAUCAUCCAGCUAGAUCGCCGUCAGACGCGUCGGAUACCUCUCAGUCUUGCCCGACUGCGGAUGUAGACGCCUCUCCAGACGCCACCGUGCAUCUCCACCCGAAAGUCUCAGGAUUCGUCGAACCUGCGCAUCACAGCUCGGGCUCGGGCAAGCCGCCAGCGCCUGCAGAUGACCCGGAUGUGGCGGCGGUAUUCGCGCACAUUGAGCGGCGCACGCCGGAGCAGACGCGCCUAUGGAUGGAGCGGACGCAGACGCAGACGCACCAGGAAUUCCCGCUGACAAUCCCGAGGAUUGAUCCUCCCGGCCGGUGGUACCCAAUAUGCAUC